UGUCAACAGGAUACAUUUUCGCUUUGGGAUGUGUAACGGUUCCAUAUUGAUUGUCAAACUCGUUACUUUUUGCACCCCCCGUAUGAUUUGACCAGAAAACGAAAGAAUAUGAACUUUAUGGAAAGGACGUGCUUUAGGAUAUCAGGCUCCCCUUCGUAUUUUUAACUUGUUUACGUCGAAGCGUUCGAGCUGCUGUCAAGAGGAGAAGGAUUCAUUCACAGUUUUCUCGACCGGACGGGGAUCUCACAUCUGCGGAUCAGCUGAUGCAGCCAGGUAAACUGCAGACGGAUGGAUGAAUGGCCGAAGUUGGAUGGAUGCUGGCUGCUCUCUAGUCUAGCGGGGGACUCGCCGUUUGUCUCGUAUUACGCUGCUGCUCUUCGUCCUCCUGUGUGCCUCCGUCGCGGUCGGUCUGCUGCGGCCUGUGAGCGGAUGAAUGCCAGAGCCUGUGAUUUUCCCAUCGCCAAAAGGACUCCAUGUCUUUCUUGGACUGUUCCUGCAUCUCCCACGCUCAGGUCCAGCCCUUGGACAUAGAGGAGCGCUAUGAGGACACCAGCCACCAGUUCCUGAGCUGUGACGGUUCUGAAUACACUCUGCAAGGGCCAGCGGGAGGCGAUGACAUCACAGGGCUGUCAGCUGAGCCUGCCCACUACCAGCUGCUGUCUGAGCUGGGAAGGGGCUUCAACAACCUGAGCCAGGUGAACAUGGCGCGCCACAUCCCUACCGGCCAGCUGGUGGCCGUCAAACAAACCAACCUGGACGAGUGCACAGAGGAGGAGCUGCUGCAGCUCAUGAACGAGGUUCUGCUGUCCAGGCUGUUCCGCCACUCCAACCUGCUGACCUCUCGCCUGGUUUUCAGCUCCUGCUGCCAGCUGUGGGUCCUCACGCCGCUCAUGGCCUAUGGCUCUGCAGACACUUUACUAAGAACAUAUUUCCCAGAUGGAAUGAGCGAAUCCCUGAUCGCCUACCUGCUGUACGGUGUGCUGAAAGCAUUGGAAUAUCUGCACCGGAUGGGCUACGUUCACCGGGGGGUGAAGGCCAGUCAUAUCCUGCUGUCAGGGGAGGGCCGUGUCUACCUCUCAGGGCUCCACAGUGUUUACAGUAUGAUGCGUGAGGGGAAGAGGAUGAGGGCGGUGUACGACAUGCCCCACCACAGCCCCGCCCUGUUGCCCUGGCUCAGCCCUGAGCUGCUGCGACAGGACCUGCACGGCUACGGCGUGAAGUCGGAUAUCUACAGUUUAGGUAUCGUGGCCUGUGAGCUGGUGAGCGGCAGGGUGCCCUUCCAGGACAUGCCCCCUACUCAGAUGCUGCUUCAGAAGCUGCGUGGCUCCCACUGCUGCCUGCUGGAUGUGGCUCCCUUCCCGCUGGGCGAGCUGGGCGGGCUGAAGGUGUCGCGGUCCGGGGUGGACUCGGGCAUCGGGGAGAGCGUGGCCACGGGAAGCCUGACGCACAGCGCCACCGCUCCUCCCGCCGACCGACCUCAGAGCCCCGGACCCAAAAACCACUCGGUCACCCUGCACAACCUGGUUCAGCUGUGUCUGCAGCAGCAGCCUGAGUGCAGACCGUCAGCAUCUGCGCUGUUGACCCACGCUUUCUUCAAGCAGGUGAAGCGGCACACCAGAGACUCCUUCCUCAGCCUCAUGUACCCAGCGGUGCCCCUCACCAGCCCCGAGGACCCUCCAGUGUCCUGCCCCCCAGCCCCGUCCUGCCACGCUCCGACGUCAGCCUCCAGCGACGCCGCUGACGCCGUGUGGGACUUCUCCUAACCCCCCCGAUUCUCCGUCCCCAGAAUCUUCAAAUCCUAACUAGCAAGCCAAACACGAGACAAUCAAAGCAAAGCAAUGAGGCCAAAUUCAACUGUGCUUUUAUUUUUUAUCAUUAACCCGACUCUCUGAGCCUUUUUAAAUGAUUUUUGUAGGGUUUUUUUUUUUUUUUAAUAUGUUUGUCCGAUGCAUUUGUGGAGUUGUGGAUUAUGGGUUGCUGACGCGACUGUGAAGUGCUGGAUCAAAGAAGCUGCUCCGAUUAUACACUAAAGAUCCAUACUAGUAAUAAUGGACUGUCGACAGGUCCCAGAACAAAGACGAAUCAGUUGAGUAAUAAUCACACAUUUCUUAAAGGAAAGGUCCACCCACUUUAUUCUUGAAAGCAGUUAUUUGAGCUGUAAUUCUGAGAAGAUUUUGUUUUUAUGGUGUAAUUUUAAUUUCCAUGGAUGAUGGUCAUUAUUUGGGUGACUAUUGUACCUGUUCUUCUCCCCUGAAGGCAUUUUGAAAAAUGGAGGACCUCAUUGACUGAAUCUCAAACAAACAAGUGAAUGCACCAAAAAGCUCAAUCCUCAUAGGUCCUGACAAAAUAACCCCUGAAGUGUAAGACAGUAUGUCAGGGCGGAUUUUUCCUUUAAACUAUCAUUUUGUAUUCAGACUGUGAAUAGUGAAUACUGAGGUACGUAUAAAGGUAUUUACAACACUUAUGUGCAUAUAUAUUCUUCUAUAUCAGAGGUUUUCAGGCUGAGCGUUGGGAGACGCGAGACGAAAUUUACAUUAAAACUCGUACUCGUAGACGUAACUCAACCAAAUCUGAGCGCACAGACACCAUAGACAAUUUUUUAGAUUCAGUGUGACUUUCGCUUUCUGAGGAUGUAAAUAUAUAGAGGAGACAUUAUCUCCGAUGUCCGUUGUGAAUAAACGUCCACAAAUCCGCGUAGACACUCCUUUUAACUCCAAACUUGCCUGAGAAUCCUUACGUUUUUAAGUUUUCUUCAGUGUCAAAGUAAUCCAGUGAACUCUGUCUGUACAUCCAUGGGUACGUUACAGACUGGAACGGCUGAUAGCUAAUUCGGCAUAAUUUUGAUGGUGCCAGUUUGCCAAAAUGGAAAAAAAAGGCUAGAAAAUUGGGGCUUUAGUUAGAGCAGAAAUACCUGCCUCCAUGGCAUCAUUGUACUUCCUGUUUAUAUCCUCCAAAGCCCAUGUUAUGGGAACUAUGGUUCAAAAACUUGGAGCAUGAUUAGGCCCCAAAUUGAUGUAUGUGUUGAUUAAUAUCAUUCAGUAUAUUUCAAUCAAAAUUUAAGUAAAAUCUCUCCUAAACUUGAUGCUUAAUUUAUUAUUUUGAGAUAGUAUCAGAAACUUUAAAUCUAAAAUGUGUAGAAAACUGUCAGUCAAAUAUGUAAAUACCUUUUUGCCGUAUGUUUGAACAUAUAUGCACAUAGUGUUCGUGUACAAACAUUUUAAAACGUGUGCUCUCGUAUUUGCCUAUGAGCCAACAAGCUCUGAAAACAGAGCACAUGAGCAAUAGUGUGUUUCCAGUGUCCCGCGUGGGAGUUCGAGCCCGUCGAAAACCUCCCCUGCCCCGAUCAUCAGUGACACGCCAAAAGAACAUUUCUACUGUGCUCUGUGACCACUUAUCCAACAAUGCCUUUACGUUUGAAUGAAUCCUGCAUUCUGAAUAUGGUGAUCUAUCUGUAACUGUGAUUAAGUGUACUGUGUAUGAGAACUGUGACCCACAGUACAUAUCAAACAUGGUAGCUGUAUGAGCCUUAUAUACACACGUAUUAUAAAUGAUAAAUAUGUAUAUACAAAAAGUUUGAUUUGUAAACUUGUUGUUAGCCUUCAUUGAUUUCUUUAUAGAUUUGUGUCCUCCUCUCACAUCCUUGAACUUUGAUGGAUCCUCAGGAGUGUUAGAUGUGCAGGAGCUGCUCAAAUCUACAACACGGACUGUGAAAAGACCAGGGUCCCAUUCUUCAUAAGUUAUCUAGAGUAUAAUGUUGAUGGUCUGACAUGAGUCUGGACCUUCUAAGAUAAAUCUGAACUCCAGUCAGAGCAACAAGUCCUUAAGCCCAAACCUGUUGGUGCAGUUCCAUUUUCAUUGCAGGCUUAUCAAAGUCAAAGUCAAAGUCAGCUUUAUUGUCAAUUCUGCAGCAUGCACAGUAUGAUUAACACCGAAAAGUAUCUUGAAAUCUAUCAAGAACGUUACUCUGAAAGUGCGGAAACUGGACGUAGAACAUAAUAACGGCAUUAAUGACACAGGAACACGUACGAUGAGACUCAGGUACAUGAAUCUGUCGCUCUCAGGUACCUGCAAUCACAUGACCCGCACUCAUCCAACCUUAUGAAUGAUGGUCACAGUUUCACCUCUACUCAUUUUGCCCUUAUUUCUAAAUAAAAGUGCACUGGU